AUGGACAAUCCAUCUUUUGACGUUCGCGCUGAAUUCCCAUCGAAUCUUCAGCCAAGAGUAUGGCUAAUUACAGCGGGGGACUCACCCCUCGGCAUCUCAGUCGCACGAAAGGUCCUUGCGCAUGGUGAUUAUGCAUUUCUCGGUUUAGCACACACAGCUCUGGACCGCGAUGAACGUCGUCGGGAUGAAUUCAAUGCUUUCCUUGCUGAGGUUCAGGAUCAUCGCGCUGAAGGGUGGGAAAUUCGCAUGAAGGCCGUCCCGCUAGAUAUUCGCACCCUACUGAUCUAUAUCCAAGCUCUCAUCGGCACAGUCGAGGAACUCUCCGCCUCAACUCAAACGCAGAACCUUGUGCGCGAUCAAUUCGAAACCAAUUACUUCGGCCCUCUCAACAUAAUCAAAGCCACUCUUCCCGAUAUGCGAAGAGAGCGAUCCGGCCAUGUGAUGAUCAUAUCAGGAAUUACGGCGCACAUCGGCACCCCGGGACUAGGAAUGUAUUGCGCAGCAGGGUGGGCGCUGGAAGGAUUCUGCGAUAGUCUGGCCUACGAAAUCGCCCCAUUCAACAUCAAACUCACAAUCCUCCAAUGCAGCAUCGAAAUAGGCAUUCUGACAAACCUAGUCACAAGCGUCCCCCCAAUUUUCCCCGCCUACUCACCAGCCAACAACCAAGCACCUCUUUUCCGCGGGAUCCUGAAUCAUCUCGUCCCUCAGCUUCCCAACGCAGCCGCAGCCAGCAACGCGACCACGCCCAGUCGGGCGCACGAUGAAAGUUCCCGAGUUAGUUCCAUUGAGAGCGGUCCGUUCUCUGCCCCUGAGGUUGUCUCCAUGCAUCCACCCUUGAGCUCUGCGCAUCUUGAAGUGUUGGUUUCGGAGACGGUGUUUGCCAUCACUUCUAUUGGGGGACACGCAAAUCCUCCUUCUAGGCAUAUCGUUGGACAGGAAGGUGUUGCUAGUGUUAAGGAGAAGCUUAAGACUGUUAGUGAAGAGCUUGAGGACUUUAUUCAGGCUAGCUUUGCUGUUGAUGUUGCUGCAGACGCGGAUCCUAUGCCUCCUAUAUCUGGCAUGGGUGAAGGGCCUUAG